AUGUUGCUCUUCGCAUUAUGGGCCGUUGCCACCCUCUUCACCACCGUUCGUACAGUGGGCGCUACGCCCUUGGUUGCUAGAGCACAGCAAACUCUGACCGCUGAUUUCGAAGAAGUCCCAACCACCCCCCUUGGGCUACCUGGUCUACUGACCCCUGUUCCGAAUGGCUAUAGAGGCCUCAACUGGGAGAAUUUGAACGCGGGGUCGAAGGGUCCGCUUCAGCGCAUUCUCCCCAAUGGACAAAAAUUCGCUACCGGUCCCGCCACAGGCGCCGCCCUGUCCAUCGCGCAACCGACUAGGUCCAUCGACCCGCAAUCCAUCUUCCUCGGCUGCUACGUCAUGAGUCUGCAGGGAAACGCUGCGUUGCCGCAGAAAUGUACUAUCAGGAUGACGGCAACAACCACUGCAGGCCGAAAGCUAACUCCUGUGGAUUUUCGAUACACUUUUGCGGUUGACGCCCUUGGGAUAGCUGUCAACCCUGAGCAGUUGCAAAAGUACCAGUUCCCAAGCUCCUGGAAGGGAAUCUCAAGGCUUGAUUUUUUGAUUACCGAAUCGGUAACCCCCUCGGCGGGAGGCGUGUCAGUUGCACGCCUCACGAUUGACGACGUAGUCUUUACCCAGCAUACCGCCGCUAAACGCAGAGUGGUGUUCGAACAAGGUGUCCCAACCGUUCCCUUGGGGCUGUCAAAUGCACUCCUUAACUCAGAGGUCCCUUCCGGCUACAAAGGCCUCGACUGGGUCGCGUGGAAGGGCGGCUCCAAGGCCCCCGCUCAACGGAUGAACCCGGACGGGGAGGUAUUUGCUUUAACUACUACUGGCAAAGCCGGCAUGCGCGCUAAGCAUCCGACUCGCUCGUUCGAUCCGCUAUCAAUCGGCGUUGGUUGCUUUACCUUCACGUUGCAGGGGAAUGGAAACCUGCCCCAACGAUGCACAAUGAGGGUGACGGCGACGGACUCGAGGGGUAGAAAGUUCGCUCCAGUCGAUCUCGAGUUUGAUCCGCCGUUGGAUGUCGGUGGACUGGGCCUGAAUUCCGAGACCCCGCAGCAAAAGUCCUUCCCAACCUCUUGGAAAGAUGUCACGGCGCUAGAUUUUGAGCUUGUUAGCUCGGUCUCUCCGGUGGUGGGGACUGUCUCUACGGUGGGCAUGGUGAUUGACAAUUUCAGGUUCCUCCAGCAUACCGCCGCCGCUGCUCGCGAAGUGGAGGUUAGUGCUAGGGCGCAGAUCCCAAGGGUUGCCGGUUUUGAAGGCCUCCCAGCAGUGCCCCUUGCGCUGUCGAGUUCCGCCCUCCCUAACCCUGUCCCAAACGGCUACAUGGAUCUGGACUGGGAGACCUUCCGCAUCGGCUCAAUUGGCCCUGCCCAGCGACUCAUUCCGAUAGGGGAGCGGCUCGCAGUGACCGGCACUACUACGACCGCUGCGAUCAAGGCCAGGGCUCCCACCCGCUUCUUCAGGCCCCAAUCAAUCGCUGUUGGCUGCUAUGUUUUCACCGCCCAAGGUAAUGGAGCUUUGCCGCAAAAGUGUACGAUUACUGUCACGGCGACCAACACAAGGGGCCAAAAGCUUUCACCAGUCGAUUUCGUGUUCGAUCCGCCCUUGGAUGUUGGUGGUGUGAGUCUCGCUACUACACCGCCACUGAAGAACAACUUCCCAAGCUCCUGGACAAGGGACGAUAUCGUCAGACUAGACUUCUCACUGAAGGAAGCAGUGACUCCGUCGGUUGCGGGUGUUUCCACUGCCGGCUAUGUAAUCGAUGAAUUCGCCUUCGUGCAGCACACCUAG